UUCUCAAUUGGCAACCUAUUGCCUAUGCUGCAAAGCAUGGCCGUCUGAUCUAUGAUCAUAAAAUCAUACCGAUGCUAUUUGCCAUCUUCAAACAAUUUAACAUUGGAGAGGGAGGACAAUAUGAAUAAGGGUGUGGACAAAAAGAAGGCAUUGAAGUAAAAGCAAUAACAGAUUUUGCUUUUAGACCCUAUAGCCUCUGUCUGUUGGGGGCCUUAAAAACUUCAACUGUCUCUGUCUUUCUUGUCUGUAUACAUUUGGAGAAGAGACCAAAUAGAUUAGAGCUGUGCCUGUUCUUGUAGUUAAAGACACUAAGCUGUGCUAUACAUCCUAGAGCCAAAAGAUGCAGCUAAGAGAAUCAAUUCAGAAGACCAAGAAGUUCUUCCACAAGGCUCUCCAAAAUUUCAGGUCCCUCUUCUUUGGAGGGUAUCAAAAGCUUCCCAAGCCCUUCUCAUGUGCCACCACCAGCAUAAUGAAUCACCAGAAUGAUCAAUGCUAUGCUGACUCUUGCAAUGAGUGGUGUUGUGAUCUAGAAAAAGCAACAAAGAGAAAGAAGAAUGGUAUGUCAUUAUCAAAAGAAUUGGCAAGAGAAGAAGAUGGAUGUAAUGAAAGUUCCUUAAAGCUUCCAAGUAGUCCUCUGAAGAAGAAAGAAGAUGGAAUAAAGGAAGAGAAGAGCAAGAAGCAUUCCAAUUCGAGAAGAGAAGAAAAAUGCAUGGAUAAGGAUGAAGGAGGUUAUGUACUAGCAAAAAAGAUGAAGGAAUUGGAAAUGAUGGAUCGGAGCGAUAUGGAACAUAUGUUGGAUGUAGAAGAGGCUCUUCACUAUUAUUCUCGUCUUAGAAGUCCAGUAUAUGUUGGCAUUGUUGACAAGUUCUUCACUGAUAUGUACAAAGAAUUCUCUGUUCCACAGAGGUCUGCCAGCAUCAACAGUUCAAGGGGAAGACUCGGUUCAAUUAGGCUAUAGAUGAAUACCAAUGUCUGAGUUCUUAAUUGUGCAUAUGCAUUUGUUUCCUUGUACUAAAUGUUCCUUUCAAUAUUAUAUGGAGUGUAUCUUAUUUUGCAUUACUGAAUUGAUAGGAUAUUCAGUUUCU